GCAAAAGUCACCUGUUGCUCACUCGCGCUUUUUAUUCUGGGACUCAUGAUUAUAAUGACAAUUGGGACUUGACUCAUUAUGAUUUUUUAUGGACUAUUAUUAGCAGGACGGGACAGCUCAGGAUAUUAUUCUUCACAUGGAAAAGAUGAAUCAUAUUUAUCCAGGCUACAGCAAACCUUGAAUAUACAAUUCAAAUUGGAUCAUGUUGAGAAAAUCGUCUGACGAAAUAAACUGUCUAAUCAUCGGAAAUAGUGGUUACUACUGUAUCCCAUCUCAAGUGGACUAGGGACUCUCAUUUAUGGAUACAUUUUGGAUCGCAAAGGUGACUGAUCAUUCAUCAACUGACAUCAAUAACAGCCAAUUAGCCAGCACCCAAAAGUAGAUGGUAAGUAGCCUAUCAGGACCAUUUCACAAAUUAUUGAUCCCAGUCAAGUGUGCUCGGGACGGGUCCAGGUGGGCACGUUGGGUAGUAUACUUUUUAGCUUGUCCCCCACUAUGCUGCAUGCUUAGUGUGCUGUGUUUGUGUUGUUGAGCGCAAUGGUGGAACGUGAUCAUGUUUCAGAAUGUGAGAUGCGGUUUGUUAUUCAGCACUGCUCGGGUCAAAGCUCAGGUAAGAAGGCGAGCGCACCUGACCCAUUCUCUCGUUCUCUUCCGCUUACUUCCUUUCCGAAUGAAUGAUUAAUGACAAACGCAGAACGAAUGUACAGAGAGAGAGAAACAAUGUCAUGACGAUAGGCUACCAGUAAAGGCAACGCACAUACCGUGUUGAACAAACUGAAUGCCUAUUAUAUUCGUGAAAUGCCUAUCUUGCAAUUUGCUCACCUGGGUGUGUAAGCUAGUCCAACACAAUAAUAGGUGUCAGUGUCACCAAGAAUGAGGAAUAGACACACUGCACAGCAUUUAAGUUAGGCUAUUUAUCAAGGUAAAGUAACCACUUGCCUGGUGAGCAGGUUCUUAUCCCACAGCAUGUUUGGAAAGGGUUUGUGAAGAGCCUACAAAACAUAUAGAAUCACUAGAACGGCAAUAUAUUAUAUAUGGUUAAACACAUACAUUGUUUCUAUUUCCUUUAGAGAUGGAGCACUCAGGUUCGUACAGCUCUGUGUAUGAGCCGAAUGGGCAUGCUGCCUGGGCAGACGACCAGCAGCAUCAGGACCUGGAGACAGCGGACAACCUCAGGAGGAAGAUCAAGUACUUCUUCAUGAACCCCUGUGAGAAAUACAAAGCCCGCGGACGGAAACCAUGGAAACUGAUGCUCCAGAUCAUCAAGAUCGCCAUCAUUACCAUCCAGGUACUGACCAAUGAGGGAACAGUCAACAGAGACAGGAUACUUUUUAGUUGUUUAGUUCUGAGCUAUUCCAUAUCCAGACUAAAAAUACCCAAUAUAGAAAGAAAGAGAGACACACAGCCAUUUCCUGAUCACGCGAAUAAGCAGCGUCAUGGUUUUAAACCAUCCCAACUAUACCAGACGUAUCCCAUAUCCCAAUUCUCAUUGAGACAGUGAUCACCAACUUUCUCAUACAUAGUGAUGGAAGCCACUAUAUAUAUGACAGUAUGUUGGAUUGCAUCCUAUGUAUGUAAUUAAUAACUUUUCUCUUCACAGUUGGUGUCUUUUGGACUGAGCAAUCAGAUGGUGGUAACCUUCAAAGAGGAGAACCUCAUGACGUUCAAGCAUCUCUUCCUCAAAGAUUACGUGGAUGGCCGUGGGGACUCUUAUGCUGUGUACAGGCAGGAUGAGGUGUAUGAACACAUUUCUUACAUAGUCGAUAAGGUAAGGACAGUCAACAGCUGCUAUCACGUUCUGUCGAACAUAAACUGUGAUUGGAAAUGAAUGAUAUACAGGGAUAUCUCCUCUGUAUUGCUUUUGGUUUCUAAUUGAGGACAGUAGGUAAAACCUGUGAGAUGGUAACCUGAAUUCCAGGCAACAAAAACUGAAGCUAGUUCUGACCAUUCCCUUUAUCCUGUGACACUGUCUGUGUCCCGAGAACUCAAAAUACUGUUUACCAGGAGUAUUCUCCCUAGUCCCACCACCUAGUAAACAAUAUUUUGCAUCCUCAGGAACAGUUGACAGUGACAUAAUGGCAUGUGAUUGUUAAGCAGCACAAUAGUUUACUCCUUUGUUUUGUCACAUUACUGUCAAUCAUUAAAUGAGUUUUAUAGGUAAAGUAGCUUGUAUAGUUCUGUCCUCUUAGAGGACUUUGUACAGUACCUAGCUCCUUUCAUUUGGGAUGGAUUUUUGCUGUGUAAAGGUAGUGUUUUACGGAGCAUGAUUCCACUGAAAUACCUACCCAACGUCUGUUUAUUGUGAUUUGUUUAGCCUCCAACUUCUGUUCUGUCACAGCUUGAUAGUUCACCAACAUUUAAAGUUGUAUUAGUCGUAUGUACAGGAUACACAUGGUAUACACCAACCAACGAAAUGCUUACUUGCAGGUUCCUUUUCGACAAUGCAACAACAAUAAUAAAAGCUAAGAAAACAAACAUAAAGUAAAUGUCUCAGUAGAAUAGAAUAAUCAUUUUAGCAUCAGUAUAAUACAGGAAGGCACAAUUUAUAGUCCAAUAUUUACACAUGUAUCAGGGAAGGGGGGAUUGGGGGCAAGUGUAUAAAUUGUGCAGUAUUCAUGGCAUCCCUUGUCAAUCAAACAUAAUUUGAGUACAUACAGUAUGUGAUUGCUUACUUUUUAUGUUACAGUUGUCGUUCUUUUAUGUCCUAAUUGUAGUAUUCCCGUCUGCGAAAUAUCACAGUUGGUAACCAUGCCUAUGAGAAGAACGGGGAUACCUAUUCCCCUCUGUCUCUGUGCCAGGAGUUCUACAGGAAUGGAAGCAUCUCACCAGCCAAUGAGACCUUUGAUAUAGACGCACAGAUUGAAACUGGUAGGCUAAUGGAUACUGUAUACUAUAUGUAAUUUACAGUUUAGCUUUCAGUGGUGUGUAAGAGUUGCCUGACGACUCACUGAAUUCUUCCGCUGCUCUAUCGUUCGCUACAUACUUCAGUCUUGAACUGCCAUUAUUGAAGUCUUUGUGGUGACAUCGAAAUGAGGAGUGUUGUACAAAACAAAGUAAUCAGCAAUUGGAUCAUCUCUAACCAAUCAGAGUAUCAAAGCCAAUGACGCAUUUUCAAAACGCCUCUUUACCCACGUGUGUUCUGGGACCAAUAAGACGGUCUAGAAUGGAUUUCCAUUCUAGAAAUCGUCAGGGAGGUAUUCCGAUCCAGACUCAAUACGGAGAAGAAACUAACGUCUGUGGGUGUAGCGUUUGGCCAGAGCAAGGAAUUUGGGUAGCCAGGCAAGUCUAACAGGUUCGAUAUGCUUUAAUCACUUUAUCAGAAAGGUCUGAACAGAAGGUUAUGAUUUGGACUGAGGAGGUUUUGAUAAGCAAUCAGAUUUUUUUAUUAAUUGCAGAAAUGUUUUUAAAAGUCACUUUGUGGUUAUUUCCCCCACAACAGAAUGCCUUGAGAUUGUUCCUGUGUUCCCCAUGGGAAGCACAACAGAGGAUGAUCUGUUGAAUUUCAUUGUGCAUUUCAAAAGGUAUCAGGCUGUGAUUUUAAACUUAUAAUUUUUCCUGCAUAUUCAUAAGUAAUAUAACUUUAUCCACUGUAUCCUUUUAACAAAAACAGGUAAUUUUGCUUAUAGUACAUGAGUGUGGGGUGAUAGCUCUUUAAACAAACACAUUACAUAAUAUUCAUAACUGGAUCCCUCACAUUUUUUGUCCUAAAUGUAGGUUGUUGUACUUGUCAGUGAUAAGAUACUGUAUUUGUCUUUGUGACUUGCAGAUUGUUGAAUGUGAAGAUCAAGUUCACUCUGAAGGCCAUAAAUUUACAGACAGUCAGAAACAGAGAGCUGCCAAACUGCUAUGACUUUGAUGUCACGGUAUGUCAUCUGACUCUAGGCUGUUUAUCUACCUCACCUAUUGGCUAGGCAGAUUAUAGACAUAUUUCCAGUAUGACAGUAUGUUCUCUGUGUAUUUAGAAGUUUCUUCCCAUUUUUAUCCUUUAGAGUUCCACUGUAUCUUCAAAGUUGAUAGUUCAUUGUUUGAAACUUGAGAAAAGUAUUAGGUGUGACUGGAAUGUUAGCUAGGGCUUGGCCAGUUAAACAUAAACUCUCCAUACCCUUUCCUUCCGUAUUUAAAAACCAUGUCUCUUUCUCUGGUUAACAGAUCACCUUCAACAACCAAGCCCACAGUGGCAGAAUAAAGGUCGACCUGGACAAUGACGUUGAUAUAAAUGAAUGUAGAGACUGGAAAGUAACCGGGGCCUGUAUGUUCAGUGUAUAAUCAUUAGCCCUUCCUCUUUCAUUUUACUCUAGCGCUACCUGUAUUUAAAAGGGUGUAUUUUAUAGAUCAAAGUUCUGCUGUAAUUGUUUUCAACCAAAGAGUGGCAGUGUUGUUCUAGUUUAGUUUUCUCUCCUCAGCUCCCAAGAACAUCUAUUACCCACUGCUGUUUGACUGUCUCAUCAUUGGAACGUGUAUCACCUCUCUGGCCCUCUGCACACGCUCUGUGCUCAACGGGAUACGGCUACAGUUUGUAAGUCUACUAUUCUGCCCUACAAAGGCAAAGUGCAGUAACUACGAAUUUGUUAACCUUUCAUCUGAUGUAAUGGCCAGGUAUACUAUCUGAUUGUGGUAUUUAGUUUCCUGACACAAGAACAAGCCAGUCGAUCAGAAUAUGUCAUGAAGUACCAGAAAUUGCUGUCUAAUUACGUAGGCACUGCACUUUUGCAGGGCAGUAUUGUCAACAGUGAAUGGUGAGUGGUUUUUGUGUGUUAUGGCUGUAUCCGUCUAAUUUUCCCAGGAGUACACAGACUUCUGCCUAGUCCGUCACGGGAAGGAGGUUCCAUGGUCCGAUAGGCUGGAGUUUUUGAACGGCUGGUAUAUCCUCAUCAUUGCCAGUGAUACACUCACCAUCAUCGGCUCCAUUCUGAAAAUAGAAAUCCAGACAAAGGUGUGUGUGACAUUUUAUCUGCAUUAGCCUUCACACGUUACACAAAUAAUAUUUGUCUAAUUUGUGGUGACUUCGUUUUAGUUCAGCCGUGUGCUUUUCCCUUAGAUUCUCACCAGUUAUGAUGUCUGCAGCAUCUUUCUUGGGACGGGCACAAUGCUUGUUUGGAUCGGAGUCAUACGCUACAUGGGCUACUUCAAGAAGUACAAUGUAGGACACUCAUGUUGAAUUCAACACUUGAUGCUUCACACAACACAUAUUAUCUAUUUUUUAAAAGUGGAAUACUGGAUGAAUUCCAUUGAACUGUGGAUUGUGAUUGGGUAUUCCUAGAUUCUCAUCCUGACCCUGAGAGCAGCGUUCCCAAACGUGGUCCGGUUCAUUGGUUGUGCCGGAAUCAUCUACCUGGGGUACUGUUUCUGUGGCUGGAUCGUGCUCGGGCCCUACCACGAGAAGGUAGGAGAUCAAACGAGGGUUGAACCCACAACCUUCAAGUGCUUUCUGUUGGGAGUGUUAUCACUCAACCACACAGGUGCCAGGGUUUUUUAACAGUAAAAGGAGGCUUUAACUGGAUUUUUUAAUUACAUUUUUACCAUAACCUUGUCUGUUUUGCUGUGUUAGUUCCGGACCCUGAACACAGUAUCAGAGUGCCUGUUCUCGCUGAUAAACGGAGAUGACAUGUAUCCCACCUUCAAGUACAUGAAGCAGAAGAGUUACCUGGUGUGGCUGUUCAGCAGAGUCUACCUCUACACCUUCGUCUCGCUCUUCAUCUACAUGAUCCUCAGCCUCUUCAUCACCCUUAUCACUGAUACCUAUGACACCAUAAAGGUUAAGAUUCAUUAUAGGCAGUGUAUACAGCCGGCAGAUAUUGAAUAGUUCCGGAUGGUGAUUUGCUAUACCCUUAGCGCAACACAUUUCCAUGCCUAAUAUUUAGCUCUGAUGGUCGACUAUGCACUUCUGUUAUUAUAACAUUUCACUUGCUUUUUGUUACAAUACUAUUCCUAGUAAAAACAUUUCCUCACCAGAAUGAUCCUCCUAUUGUUUGUGUUGCAGCAACAGCAGCAGGAGGGGAGCCCAGUGUCAGAGCUGCAUUGUUUCAUGUCGGAGUGUAAAGAUCUGCCCACCUCAGGACGCUAUCGGGUAGAGGGGGAGUCUGGCUCCUUCACCUGCUGCUUCCCCAGGUGAGGACAAACCGAGUGACAUUUGUGUUUGCAUUUAUUAGGGAUCCCCAUUCUUCCUGGGUUUCAAACACAUAAAACAUGUGUUUUACAUAUAAAACAAAAGUUAAAACACUACAUCAUAUAAAAUGAUUAUACCACUACAUAUCUACAAUACAAAAUGUAUAAUACCACCAUACAACAAUAUUACAAUGUACUUGAGUGUAGCGUGCGUGUGCUAGCGCUUGCAUGCAUGUGUCUGUUCCUUUGUGUGUCUCUUCACAGUCCCCUCUGUUCCAUAAGGUAUAUUUGUAUCUAAUAUAUUUUUAAUCUACUGCUUGCAUCAGUUACCUGAUGUGAAAUAGAGUUCCAUGUAGUCAUGGCUCUAUGUAGUACUGUGUGCCUCCCAUAGUCUGUUCUGGACUUGGGGAUUGUGAAGAGACCUACAGUGAGGGAAAAAAGUAUUUGAUCCCCUGCUGAUUUUGUACGUUUGCCCACUGACAAAGACAUGAUCAGUCUAUAAUUUUAAUGGUAGGUUUAUUUGAACAGUGAGAGACAGAAUAACAACAACAAAAUCCAGAAAUACGCAUGUCAAAAAUGUUAUAAAUUGAUUUGCAUUUUAAUGAGGGAAAUAAGUAUUUGACCCCCUCUCAAUCAGAAAGAUUUCUGGCUCCCAGGUGUCUUUUUAUACAGGUAAUGAGCUGAGAUUAGGAGCACACUCUUAAAGGGAGUGCUCCUAAUCUCAGUUUGUUACCUGUAUAAAAGACACCUGUCCACAGAAGCAAUCAAUCAAUCAGAUUCCAAACUCUCCACCAUGGCCAAGGCUGGAAUGGGCUACAAGACCAUCGCCAAGCAGCUUGGUGAGAAGGUGACAACAGUUGGUGCGAUUAUUUCUCAAAUGGAAGAAAUACAAAAUAACUGUCAAUCUCCCUCUGCCUGGGGCUCCAUGCAAGAUCUCACCUCGUGGAGUUGCAAUGAUCAUGAGAACAGUGAGGAAUCAGCCCAGAACUACACAGGAGGAUCUUGUCAAUGAUCUCAAGGCAGCUGGGACCAUAGUCACCAAGAAAACAAUUGGUAACACAAUACGCCGUGAAGGACUGAAAUCCUGCAGCGCACGCAAGGUCCCCCUGCUCAAGAAAGCACAUAUACAGGCCCGUCUGAAGUUUGCCAAUGAACAUCUGAAUGAUUCAGAGGAGAACUGGGUGAAAGUGUUGUGGUCAGAUGAGACCAAAAUGGAGCUCUUUGGCAUCAACUUAACUCACCGUGUUUGGAGGAGGAGGAAUGCUGCCUAUGACCCCAAGAACACCAUCCCCACCGUCAAACACGGAGGUGGAAACAGUAUGCUUUGGGGGUGUUUUUCUGCUAAGGGGACAAGACAACUUCACCGCAUCAAAGGGAUGAUGGACGGGGCCAUGUACCGUCAAAUCUUGGGUGAGAACCUCCUUCCCUCAGCCAGGGCAUUGAAAAUGGGUCGUGGAUGGGUAUUCCGGCAUGACAAUGACCCAAAACACACGGCCAAGGCAACAAAGGAGUGGCUCAAGAAGAAGCACAUUAAGGUCCUGGAGUGGCCUAGCCAGUCUCCAGACCUUAAUCCCAUAGAAAAUCUGUGGAAGGAGCUGAAGGUUCGAGUUGCCAAACGUCAGCCUCGAAACCUUAAUGACUUGGAGAAGAUCUGCAAAGAGGAGUGGGACAAAAUCCCUCCUGAGAUGUGUGCAAACCUGGUGGCCAACUACAAGAAACGUCUGACCUCUGUGAUUGCCAACAAGGGUUUUGCCACCAAGUACUAAGUCAUGUUUUGCAGAGGGGUCAAAUACUUAUUUCCCUCAUUAAAAAGCAAAUCAAUUUAUAACAUUUUUGACAUGCGUUUUUCUGGAUUUUUGUUGUUGUUAUUCUGUCUCUCACUGUUCAAAUAAACCUACCAUUAAAAUUAUAGACUGAUCAUGUCUUUGUCAGUGGGCAAACGUACAAAAUCAGCAGGGGAUCAAAUACUUUUUUCCCUCACUGUAUGUUGGCAUGUCUUGUGGGGUAUGCAUGGGUGUCCGAGCUGUGUGCUAGUAGUUUAAACAGACAGCUCGGUGCAUUCAGCUUGUCAACACUUCUUACAAAAACAAGUAGUGAUGAAGUCAAUCUCUCUUCCGCUUUGAGCCAUGAGAUUGACAUGCAUAUAUAUCAUUGUUAGCUCCCUGUGUACUUUUAAGGGCCAGCCGUGCUGCCCUGUUCUGAGCCAAUUGAAUUUUGUGGCACCUAACCACACGACUGAACAGUAGUCCUAGUGCAACAAAACUAGGGCCUGUAGGACCUGCCUUUUGUUGAUAGUGUUGUUAAGGCAGAAUAGCACUUUAUUAUGGACAGACCUUAGCUACUGUUGUAUCAAUAUGUUUUGACCAUGACAGUUUACAAUCCAGGAUUACUCCAAGCAGUUUAGUCACCUCAAAUUUCGACAUUAUUCAUUACAAGAUUUAGUUGAGGUUUAGUGAAUGAUUUGUCCCAAAUACAAUGCUUUUAGUUUUUUAAAUAUUUAGGACUAACUUAUUCCUUGCCACCCAUUUUGAAACUAAGUGUUGCAGUCAUUUCAGUCGCUGUAGUAGCUGACGUGUAUAGUGUUGAGUCAUCCGCAUACAUACACACUGGCUUUACUCAAAGCCAGUGGCAUGUCAUUAGUAAAGAUUGAAAAAAAGUAAGGGGCCUAGACAGCUGCCCUGAUUCUACCUGGAUUAUGUUGGAGAGGCUUCCAUUAAAGAACACCCUCUGUGUUCUGUUAGACAGGUAAGUCUUAUCCACAAUAUAGCAGGGGGUGUAAAACCAUAAGAGGUUUUUCCAGCAGCAGACAAUGAUCGAUAAUGUGAAAAGCCACACUGAAAGCUAACAAAACAGCCCCCACAAUCUCUUUAUCAUCAAUUUCUCUCAGCCAAUCAUCAGUCAUUUGUGUAAGUGCUGUGCUUGUUGAAUGUCCUUCCCUAUAAGUGUGCUAAAAGUCUGUUGUCAAUUUGUUUACUGUAAAAUAGCAUUAUAUCUGGUCAAACACAUAUUUUUUUCAAAAGUUUACUAAGGGUUGGUAACAGGCUGUCAGAGGUUACCUGUAAAAUGUUAUGUUCUGAGUCUUGAACUCUGGACCACAGCAGAACUAGGGUUGGGGUCAAUUCCGUUUCAAUUCAAGAAGUAAACUGAAUUUCCAAAUCAGUUUACUUGACUUGAAAUAUAAUUGACCCCACCCUUAAAGGAACCAAUGCUUGAACACAGGUUAUGUGAAGUGACACAUUCUUUCAGUCCAAAGAUUAACCAAUGUAACUUUCAACUAACCUGUCAAUUGUUUUGUUUUCCCCCCAGAUGCAAGGACUCACGAGAAAGGCUGAGCUCUGAAUCAAUAGACUCUGAGCCAUAGUGGACCUUUUAUCAGUCUCCUGAGGUUAGAGAUUAGGAAGAAACCUUACCUUGUACAUAACCAUGACCAGCACUUUACUGUACGGGUUAGCCCUGCAAAACGUUAUUGUCCUGUACUUCUAGACCUGUUUUAAUCUUAUCCACCAGCUAACUCUAUGCAGUAGCAAUUGAGCCUGGGGACGAGGUUAGACCUGUUAUGAAUUGUCACUGUGUAAGAUGCCUGUUAAAAUGUACUAAAGUUGAUGACCACAUAAUGAUAUGCACUGAUGAAUGAUGAUUAUUUGAAUGUACUGUAAAUAUAAAAAAGUGAAUUGUUCAAAGACAUGGCAACAUUAAUAAAAUGAAUGGCACAUAAAAAAGUUGCUAUUCCCAAAAAUUAUUUUUCCCAAGC